UCAGUAUUUUAGAUUUAAAUUGUCAAUUCUUGGUCGCUGCAAUACUUUUCAAAAAUAGCAUGCCUGUUUACCCGGAAGUGUUAAAGAAAAUUGUAAACAUUGCUGUGUGAUGUCACUUUAUUUACAUGCUGGGUUUUGAUUAGGCUACAAAAUGUCAGCAAGUUUAGUCAACAACCUUCAUUUUGAAAAUUGGUCAUCGAAUCACGUUUCCGACUGGCUGAAAGGCUUGGAUGAUGUCAUCCAACAGUACGUUGUCCAUUUCAAGGACAAGGACGUCAACGGCAAAAAGCUGAUGAUGUUAACGCAUUACGACUUGGAGAAGAUAGGCGUCCGUAAACUGGGUCACCAGGAGCUGAUAUUGGAAGCAGUCGAUCUCCUCAGAUCUCUGCGAUACGACUAUGAAACGGAGAAUCUCCAGUCUCUAGCCCUGCAGCUUGGAUGUAAGGCCAGAAGUCUGUUUAAUGAGGUCCAGCCGCGGAACGUGGAGAACGACCCAAAUAUGGCAAACCACUCCCACUCAUCCAGGUCAAGGCCACACCAGCUGUCCGUCGAGAUCCUGUCCUCAGUCGCUGACCUUAUUAUCACACUGAAGUGUGUCAUUCAAUGGCUGGACAGAGCACCCUUUGACAGAAUAUACGACAUGAUUUUGCUGCGUAACACCCUGGUGAAGCUCGGUAUAGAUCUGAUAUCUGCAUGUCAGAAAGACACAACGGAUUCCAACCCAGAGGAAAAGAUAUCUACUGCAUGUCACAUGCUGGCUGACUACUGUGAUGGUUUGGUGGUCAGCAAUUCCGAGACUUUGUCCAUACAACCCGCCUCCCUGGAGCACACAACCAUCCGCAAGAAACCAGGGGAGGAACUGGGAAUGACGAUACACUCGGCAUACUACGGUGUCCAUGUAAUUGGGGAUAUCAGAGGCAGGUCACCAGCAGAUUUGUGUGGAAAGAUAGAGAAAGGGGAUGAAGUGGUACAGGUGGACCAGAAAACAGUGGUUGGGUGGCAGCUUCAACGUCUGGUGGACACCCUGAAAGAGAAACCAAAAGAGGUCCACCUGCUGCUGAAGAAGCGGCCCCACCACAUCAGUCCGUACGGUCAGCUGCCAAACAAGCGCCACCAGAACACCAACCUCCUGCAGCCACAGGUCAACACCCUGCCCUCCAAGAAGAGGCGCUCCAGGGAGGGGGAGCACAACAAGCAGCCCAGGCCCUCCCUGCAGGAGUUUGUCAGCUCGGUGCCCUCAGAAGAUCUCUAUACACCACGGGAGGAGAUAGCGACCGACGACAGGGAGGACGGCAAUGACACUGACAGUGACGUAUUUAGGAGCGGAUCCGAGUCCCCCCAGUACACCCUCCCUGUGAUCACCGACCCGAAACAGCGGCGGGCCACCGUCAGCGGGGGUUCCCCCACCCUGAGCCGGACUCUGCUAGGGAUUGACGACCCGGAAACGCCCACGCGACCCAAAUCUUUCACCGUGGCGUCGGCGGACGUCCCGGCGUCAGAGUUAAAGGAAAUCAUGGGGGAGGAAAGUAAUCUCGCCAAGCUAGGUAAUGGCGCGGGAAAGACUAACAACGCCCAGCAGAAGAGACAAGACUACAAGUCAGCGAAACCAGGCCCACAGUCCCUGGAAUUCACCGUCAAAAAGCCGGUCCCGAUAGUGCAGGAACCAAAAGGCGAUAUGACGACGCCGAAAUCGGCAUCCGAGGAGCAGCAGAGGACCUUCCAAGACCUACUGGAUCAGAAGAAGGUUCUGGAUUUGCUGGAGGUGCCGUCCAGAUUCCAGAAUCCAAAUCGGAAGACGACAGACAAUGUGGAAGAGACGGCGGAGAAGCCAGCGUGCCUAUCCUCCCCGUCAUCCACAGACACGCUGACCGACCACUCCGGACCGGAAGAGGAUGUGGCAACUAGUUCCGGUACACAAACGGAAGUUGUGGAGACGCAUCGGAAAGAAGAAGAAGAAGAAGAAGAAAAGCCGGAGAACAGUGGUAGUGAGGAUGUUGCUCACGAAACGAUAUCGACCUCGUCUCCCGACCAGCCCAUAGGAUCGCCGCCGGGGGUAAGUGUUGGCACGGAUGAUGCACACUAUACUAGCACUGCGACUUCGCCACAACCUCCGUCACCGCCGACUCUGGUGUCGCUUAUGCCGAAAACAGCUCCACAAAAUCUGAACGCAUCGUACGUCAAUAGGAGAAAAGGCAGUAAAAACAUGGUCGCCGCCUCGUCCUCGGUUGCUACCUUCGUUAGAGAAAAGAACGAACCCCAACUGAUGAGUAUUCGAAAAAUUGAAUCCUUCGCCGAAGGAGGGAAUCGGAACAAACAAGUGAAUUUUUCGGCAUCGACAAAACAAGGCGAUGUAAUCAGUUAUAAGACGAUUGUGGUGGGCGGGGUCGUCCAGAAGAUUCCGGUCACGACAGAGCCUGCUGUUGUGAUGAGACCAAAGAAGAAGGCCAAGCGAGUAGACCGCCGGGUGAGCUGUAAGGACCUGGGCACGGGCGACUGUCAGGGAUGGCUCUACAAGAAGCGGGACAAGGGCGGGUUCAUGGCCAGCCACUGGGUCAAGCGUUGGUGUGUCAUCAAGCAGUACAACAUGUACUUCUACCGCGACCAAGAGGAUCUGAAGGCAGAAGGGGUACUACAUUUACCCGCGUUCCAAGUUUCUCCAGCACCGGAAGUAAAAACCAAAAAAUUCGCAUUUAAAGUCCACAACUUGGGAACGUCUUUUAUCUUUGCGUCGGAACGACAAGAUGACAUGAAAAAAUGGAUGAACAAGAUGGGGUUAGCUGCAAUAUCUUUCUCUCCACCAAAAGUGAUAAAGCAUGGUGAACAUAGUGCAUCAAACGAUUACUACAGCGAGAGUUCAGACGAGGAGGACCACCCAUCUCACACCACUAGUGUAGAAUCUCUGGAGAGUAUCGGCCACAGUACAGACGAUGCCGUGGACUCCCCCGCUCCUAUAUCCAGAAGUGUGGGAGACCUCACUCGUCUCAUGGACAACAUCCACAAGGAACAGCUGACGUUUGACGGCAAGGACAAGCGGAAACAGAGGACCAGCGCCAUCUUACCGACAGACGGCGCCCCGGUCGAGACGCCCGUUGAGAGUAUAGAGACUCUCAAGCGGAAACACUCGCUGAUGAGAACGUUGAAGUUACAAGGUGACAGUGGUUGGAGGCGUGGUCCACAAGAAUCCACUCGAAAAAGAGAUAGACGAGUGAGUUGUAAAGACCUUGGGUCGGGGGACUGUGAAGGAUGGCUGUACAAACGACAAGGCGGCAGGAGGUUACUGGCGGAUGACUGGGUCAAACGGUGGUGUAUCAUCAAGGACCACUACAUGUAUAUCUAUGAGACCACUGAGGAUCUGAAAGCAGAGGUUUUAUUACACUUACCCGCGUUUCAAAUAUCUCCUGCUCCCGAAGUCAAAACAGAACAUUUUGCAUUUAAAGUCCACCAUUCGGGAACGACUUUUGUAUUCGCAUCUGAACGACAGAAUGACAUGAUAAAAUGGAUGAACAAGAUGAGAGAAUCCACAAAAUACCCAGAUAAACGAACAGAGGCUAGGGAACAAGAUGACUUUUAUAGCGAGAGUUCUGAUGAAGAAUAUUCUAAUACAGAUUCUUCGAAGAGUACUGAACCCAAAACUGGGUCAGCGAUUUCAAGAGGAUCAAACGGUUUGAGCCACCUCAUGGAUAACAUCCAUAGAGAGCAGUUGAGCUUUGACGGCAAAAAUAAACGUAAGCAGAGAACAAGCGCCAUUUUACCCAUCACGAAUACACUGCACAAUGAUUACAUCGAGGCUGAGAAACGGAAGCUGUCCCUGUUACGAACAUUAAAGGCGAAGGAAAUAGAACUUCAAGAACUAGAAGCCAUUCUUCAAAAUAGAAAUAUAAAGGAGUCCCUGAGAAAAUACAAAGAUAUGCUGUUGGAAGUGAUAUGGGUGUAGGGGGCGUAAGGGAUACAUUACGUUUUUUAGUAACAGUGUAAGAACAAUCACAAAUUCAUCAUCAAACAGACGGAAGCAGAACAAUAAAUUUUACAUGUAUAAUGAAAUAAUACAUACAAAUACUUUAUAGUGGGUUAUUUUCACCGCGUGUUAAUUUUGCCCUUUAAGACUUGCAAACGGUAUCGCCCAGUCCGUAGUUCGCUCAGACAAAGUAGGGCUAAAAAAGAGAUAAUUUGAGACAUUUCGUGCAUGGAAAUCAGGCAGUCUUAAAUCUGCCCGCUGACGAGGGCGAUACGGGGCGAAAAUAAAACGGGGGCGAAUAUUUCCCUGCACACAUUAUAUAUGAUUAGAUAUAGACUUCAAACGAUAGAUUAAAAACAGUGACAAAUUGUAGGACUAAAGGAAGGGGGACCCAGAUCGAUUCAUUCACCAGAGAUCAGUACUGAUGAGCUCUCUGUGACAAACAUAUAUCAUCCUCUUUUUCCGAUUCUAAUAACGCAAACGGUAUAUCGCCCAGUCUGUAGUUCGCUCAGACAAAGUAGUGCUAAAAAAGAGAAAAUUUGAGACAUUUCGUACAUGGAAUUCAGGCAGUCGUUAAUCUGCCAGCUGACGAGGGCGAUACGGGGCGAAAUUAAAACGGGGCGAAUAUUUCCCUGCACACACUUAUAUAAUUAGAUAUGGAUGUCAAACGAUAGAUUAAACUAAAUGUUAAAACAUGGUUUUUGUAUUGCAAUUAAAAAAUGAAACUUGAUAUGAUGGCAUGUCUCAUUAUAAUCAUAAAUUUUAAGAAAAAAUAUUAGCCUAUAUAUCCGUAUGCAUAUUUACUACGACAUUUUUAAAAAUGCUUACAAGCAACUUGUAAAGCAUGCUAUUGUCCAUUAUUAUAUCUAUGUAAAUAGAUUGUUAGUAUCUUUUAAAAAUGACUAGUAUAAGAAUUUUUGUUGCAUGUUCUUUACCAAAAUAAGUACAAUAUUAGACCUUAUAUAUACUGUCACAUUUUCACAUUGAUAUGAACAUAGUAAACAAGGGCUCCAGGAACACUCGAAGAGGCUUGCGGUUUAACUAUUAAAAAUGCAUGGCAAGAUUUAAUAUUUUAAAGAGAUUGUUAUUAAUUUUUAUUUUUGGGAAAAAUAUAUACAAAUUAAAACGCGAUUUUCAAACAAAUUAUCGGUCUCUUUAUUAAAGUAUGAAUUGGUUUUAAUAUGUUUAAAAUAUAUAAUUUUUCUCUUGUCAAUGUGUGUAUCUCAUUUUAAAAAUGUGAUUUACUUGGUUAGGAAGAAAAUUGGACAAACAUCUUGAAUUACAUGUAAUUUUGCAAUGUUUUAAAAUAGAUAUCGCUUUACUAUGUUGUUAGUAGUUUACCUAUAUUAAACAAUGUA